CGUAACCAAGCAACCCAGGGGGUAGUAGUCCGACGAACAGUCGACUCCGUUUAGGUAUUAGUCUCCAACGAAACUGUAUUGGGAACGGAUCGAGAGGGGGUUGAAAACAUUACGGGGGGACCCUUCUCCUCUUUUUCCUCCUACUCUUCUUCCUCCAAAAAAAAAAGAAGAAAAAGAAGUCCUACUUGAUCGCAAGAAAGAACAAAAUAUGUCAUCUUUAUUAAUCAUCGAUAUAAUAAUCUAUCGGAUUGGUGGUCUCGGUUAAAUGCUGAGAAUAAUCGACAACGCAAACGAGGACGAGGACGAGGACGAGGACGAGGACGAGGACGAGGACGAGGAAGACGAAGAAAAAGGACGAGGAAGACGAAGAAAAAGGACGAACGCAAACGUUGCUGGUGAUUAUUCUCGAUCGAAGUGAUUUUAUCAGGAUGCAAACAGGCUUGGCGGAUAAACCGAAUAAUAGAAUUCAAAUAAAUUUGUAUUAAUGGAUAAUAAAAUGAUGACGAAAAAAAGAACGAAUCGCGAUACGAUCACUACGACGAUUCGUGGAUUAUCUUAUUGUCAAGUGUUAAUAAAUUUAUCCACGAAAUCGAUAACAAGAAAUACGAUUUACUAUAAUAAUAAUAAUAAUAAUAAUAAUAACAAUCGAGAAUUGAAGAAACCAAUGAUAAUUUGUAUUUAGAUAAAUUCAAAUGAAAAUAUUACCUGUCGUGAAAUAAAAAAAGUAAAACGAAUUGGUUGGGAAGAAGAAAAAAAAAGAGGAAGCAAAAUAAAAUAAAAAAGAAAACAAGUAAUAUCGAAGAAGAUAAGUCUGAUCUGUGCCUUUCGUGUAUAGCCAAAACUGUGAUGAUGAUAAUGAUGAUGAUUGAUGAUGAUGAUUGAUGAUGGUAUAAUCGAAAAUUAAUAAUCCAACAAAGAAAAAUCAAAUGCGUAUCAAAUUUGAAAUAAGACGUCUCAAGACUGAAUAUAUAAAUGUUAAAGGGAAAAACUAUGAGAAGAUUAGCAGUGUUGGCAGCGGUGCAGCAAGUCGCCCAAAAUCAUUCGAACCAUAUAAUUAACGAUGUUAACGAUGAUGGUAAAACAAUAUGCAUCGAAUCUGAUCAUUCGAAUAUAUUGGGAUACAAUAUUACAUCGGAUAUUGGUAAUACAGGAAAGAAUGGUCAUUUUGAAACUGAUUUGCAUGGUCAAGUUAACAUUUUACUUGGAGGAGCUAUGCUUAGCGGAGUGAUCAUGGUACUGAUAGUGAUAUGUUAUUGCUGUCAUAAAAAUAUGAAAAAGCAUCGACCACAAGAAUAUUCACAUUAUUGGAGACCCGAGCCUGAUGUUCAUAGUCUCGAAGUAUUCACUAUGGAUUCUCAUAUCACGUGCCCGGAAAGAGUAGCAAUGACAAACCCGGAAGAUGGAACCCAAGCUGCACUUCCUUGUCCGUUGACACCACCAGGCCCACCUCCAGCUUACGAGAGUCUCAUUUUCGAUCCUCAAAGUCUCCCAUUCUCCAGUGAGAAAAAGGAUACAACAACAACAACAAUAGAUGUUCCAACCAACGAUUUGACGAUUAACGAAGAAGAUGCUUCUAACAUUAACUUGGAAACUGGUCAAACGAAAAAAGAUGAAAAUCCAAAAGACGACAGAGAUUUACCAACAUACGAAGCUGCUUUAAAAUUAGAAGCAGAUGGAUACGUUUAAUAAUUAAUAUAAUAAUAGUUAAUAAUAUAUAUAUAUAUAUAUACGGUUUAACUUGUAAUUGUAAAUUUAAACGGUGAAAGUGCCUCCUGCCACCUGCCCUCACCCCCCUACUGCACGUCCCCCCGAUCAUCUUUUCUUUGAUCGUAAAAUAUCGAAAGGAUUUUUCUCAAUUCGUUCGACUACAACUAAAGUUGAAAGAAGAUCACAAAUAAUAACGUCGAAAGCAGUCAAUCUUAUACGUCAAAAUCAUCAAUUUACAAUUAAACUGCAAUUAAAUGCAGGAAAAUAAAUCAAAACUGAUGAAACGGGACAAAAUAUUAGAUUAAUUGCACAAUCGUAUAAUAUAUCUGUGUGUAUCUAUUAAAAUAAUCAAUGUAUACAAAAAAAAGUGUCAACGAAUCGAUGAGAGAGAAAAGAUGAUUAAUAAUUCAUUAAAUUAUAUAAAUUAAAAAAGCUAUCAAACUAAAAAACAAAGAAGAUCUCAAUAAGUAAAAUUUAAAUCAGUAGGAAAUAAAAAUAAGAAAAAAAAAAACAAGCAAGAAUAAUUAUGUGUAAGCAUUAAAUAGAUAAUUUAUGAUGGAAAGAUUAUCUUAUAUAUAUAAAUCAUUGAAUUUUACGAAACAUAAAUCAUAGAAAAGUAAAGCAUAUCUAGACAUAUGAAUGAUGCAUGCUCGGUAUGCGAACGAUAAAAUAAGAAUAAUAGUACGCAUUAUUUAGCAUGUUACAAUAGAUUUAAAAAAAAAAAAAAAAAAAACAGAAAAAAAUCAUGUGUAUCGUAUGUUUUACUUAAGAUUAAAGACCUGCAUCAAUCAAAAUUCUACACGAUGUAGUAAACGACAAAAAAAAUAUACUCAAUUAUUUGUUAUCGAAGUACUAUUACUCUUAAAAGAAAAAAAUAAUAAAAAAAUAGAGUGAAAGAGAAAAAGAGAGAGAACAUCAGGAGGAAAACAAAUUUUUAACGUGGAUAACGUGUUUCCUUCGUUGUAUAUAUUUGCAUAUGUGAAUAAGAAACAUAUAUAUAUGCACUACUGCUACUCUCUCUAACAGAUGCACUUUUUAUUUGAUUUUCUUCGUUUAUCUUUUUCGAAAUGAUGGGCCACAACUAAUCAGACAUUCAAUUAAAUAUAGAAACUUUUAGGACACCCUGUCCUAACAGUUUAUAACAUUAUCUCGAAAUAUCGUUUCUCUCACGAUGUCUCGUGAGAAAAUACAUACAUAGAUAUGAAUGAAUUAAUAAAAUAAAAUAAUCGUAUCAAUUUCACAGACGUAUCGAAUGCACAAAACGUAUAAUAAUACAAGCCGUUUUAUUUUGAUAACAGCAACCUAAGUCUAUUUUUUUUUUAUUCUUUUAUUUUUUACCAUGAAAUAUAUUUUUUUAUCACAAUUAAAUUACAAUCAUAAACGUUACAUUACGAUUAAGAACAACACAAAAGAUAUAUAAAAAAGUAGACUUAUACUAGUUUUCCAGUUAGUUUAAAUAACUCAUAUUAUAAUAUUACCUCCGACAAAAUACUUUUUCCUAAUUCUUUUUUUAAUAAUAAUAAUAAUAAUUUUGUCAUUUCUAUUACGUCUAACGAUAUACGGGCACGCGAACGAUAUAUAAACACUUAUUGUUAGUAGAGUAGUAGUAUUACUUAAAUAGUAUAUAUCAUAGGAACGUGAGAAUAUUCAAACGAUUUGUGAACGAUCUAA